AUGACUAGUUUUGCCAAGGAGUAUCUGAACAAGCAUCAGAUCUGGCUGUCGGGUUUGUCUCAGCACACGGGUUUGGCGAUGGCUACCGAGAGCAUUCUCAGCUUCGCGGGAUACAACCGUCAAAGCACAACGCUGGGGGUUACCCAGCUGACAGAGAGGCCCACCUGCGUGAAGAAGGACUACUCCAACUUCAUGGCGUCGCUCAACCUGCGUAACCGCUACACUGGAGAGGUUGCUGGGAUGCUGCAGUUUGCCGAAGUGACAUGCAGCAAGUCAAACCUCAGCAAGCUGAUGGUUUCUCAAAUGAGUGACGCUCUGGACGCCAAAGACUCGGACGCAUUCACUCAGAACAUGUUCAAGAUGACCGCGCUGCUCAUUAGCACUAAAGGCUGGGAUCUUCAGCUGCUGCAUCACCUCUGCUGGUCUCCUCUGAAGAUGUUCACAGAGCAGGGCAUGGAGACGGCCAUCGCCUGCUGGGAGUGGCUGCUCGCUGCUCGCAACGGAGUUGAAGUCCAGUUCAUGCGUGAGAUGGCGGGCGCCUGGCAGAUGACCGUUGAGCUGAAGAUGGGCUUGUUCUCAGAGACAGAGUCAGAGGCCGAUCCUUUAGCUGCUUCAGAAGAGAGUCAGCCGCUGCCUCGUCCACCCAACGUCACGCCGCAUUCGCUCUGGAUUGAGUUUCUAGUGCAGAGAUUUGAAAUCGCUAAGUACUGCAGUGCGGAUCAGGUGGAGAUCUUCACCGGCGUCCUGCAGAGGGCGCUGUCUCUCAGCGUCGGCGGGCCCAAGAGCUGCCUGAACCGCCACGUUGCUGCUUUAGGACCCCGAUUCAGGCUGCUGACUCUCGGUCUCACUCUUCUUCAUGCGGAUGUGGUCACUAACGCCACAAUCCGUAACGUCCUGAGAGAGAAGAUCUACUCUACCGCCUUUGAUUACUUCAGUGUGGCUCCACGGUUCCCCACGCAGCCGGAGAAACGCCUGCGUGAAGACAUCAGCAUCAUGAUCAAGUUCUACGCGUGUCUGCUGUCGGAUAAGAAAUAUCUCACAGCCACUCAACUCGUCCCACCAGAUCCUCAGGACGUGUCGGUGAACAGUCUGUCGGUGUUGGCGGUGAUGGACUCCAGGAGCAGUCUGGACGCGGCGGUGGGCUCCAGACAGCAGGCCACACAGGGCUGGAUCAACACAUACCCACUGUCCAGCGGCGUCUCCACGCUCUCCAAGAAAUCAGGUCUGUCAAAGAAGACAAACAGAGGAACGCAGCUGCAUAAAUACUUCAUGAAGCGCAGAACGCUGCUGCUGGCCCUGCUGGCCAGUGAGGUGGAGCGUCUGACCACCUGGUACAAUCCUCUGGGCAGCCAGGAGCUGCAGAUAUCAGCCGAACAGUCUGUGGAGACCAGCAUCACCAACUGGAGGUCCAAAUACAUCAGCCUGACCGAGAAACAGUGGAAGGAUAACGUUAAUCUAGCAUGGAGCAUCUCACCAUACCUCGCACUACAGCUGCCGGCCAGGUUCAAGAACACCGAAGCCAUUUUCUCCGAAGUGACCCGCUUGGUUCGUCUGGACCCGGGGGCCGUCAGUGACGUUCCUGAGGCUGUGAAGUUUUUAGUGACGUGGCACACGAUCGACGCUGAUUCUCCUGAGUUGAGUCAUAUCUUGUGUUGGGCUCCGGCUGAUCCUCCCACGGGACUCUCGUAUUUCUCCAGCAUGUAUCCGCCGCAUCCGCUGACCGCACAGUACGCCGUCAAAGUCCUGCGCUCCUUCCCUCCGGAUGCUAUUCUGUUUUACAUCCCACAAAUUGUUCAGGCCCUCCGUUAUGACAAGAUGGGGUACGUGAGAGAAUAUAUCCUGUGGGCGGCACAGAAGUCUCAGCUUCUGGCACAUCAGUUCAUCUGGAACAUGAAGACCAACAUCUACACAGAUGAGGAGGGACACCAGAAAGACUGUAAAAACAGCUUCUUUUCCUCAUCUCUGUUUGUUUUUCCUUAUAGAGUAGUAGCUACAGCACCAGGGUGUGGCGUCAUCGAGUGCAUCCCGGACUGUAAGUCCAGAGAUCAGCUGGGACGACAGACAGAUUUCGGGAUGUAUGAUUAUUUCCGGAACCAGUACGGAGACGAAUCCACUCUGGCCUUCCAGAAGGCGAGGUAUAACUUCAUCCGUAGCAUGGCUGCGUACAGUCUGCUGCUCUUCCUGCUGCAGAUCAAGGACAGACACAAUGGGAACAUCAUGCUGGACAGACAGGGCCACCUCAUCCACAUCGACUUCGGCUUCAUGUUCGAGAGUUCUCCGGGUGGGAAUCUGGGCUGGGAGCCGGACAUCAAACUGACCGAUGAGAUGGUGAUGAUCAUGGGCGGGAAGAUGGAGGCCACGCCCUUCAAGUGGUUCAUGGAGAUGUGUGUGCGCGGAUACCUGGCUGUCAGGCCGUAUAUGGAUGCUGUGGUUGCCUUGGUAACGCUGAUGCUGGAUACAGGAUUGCCCUGCUUCCGCGGUCAGACCAUCAAACUGCUCAAGCAGCGUUUUAACCCUGGAGUGAGUGAGAAGGAAGCAGCAGCUUUUAUCAUCAAAGUCAUUCAGAACUGCUUUCUGAGCAGCAGGUCAGUGUCUCUCACAUUAAUGCAUCUCGUUUCCUGA